GUCUUCAUUCUGUGUUGUGUAUCAGCUAACUGUGCUAACACCAUGAGAUGUAUGCGCACAAUUAACUUAAGAACGUUUAGUGAAAUGUUUGAACGCUUGGGCAUGACAGAAAGCAAGAGACCUUCAUCCUCUGAUGGAUGUGACGUUGUGAAGAAAAAACCCAAACUUCUGACUUUUGAUAAUGAAAUAGACAAUGGGUCACCACUUUUGUCAGAAGAAAAGGGACCUAGAACUAAAGCCCAAACUGCUUUGUUACGUGAGCUGCAGCCAGGUGCUGACCAAUUAGUCAGGUCACAUGAUGUCAGGCAGCCAACCACAUCUAGCGCAUGCUCCAGUUCCCUAAAACAAUCCACUACAUCAGUUCCAAUGGCCGUCCCUUCAACAACUACAACUGUAGAUCCAAGGAAGGAAGGUUCUAGAGAUGGGUUGGUCAAACAGACAAGUUCCACAUCCAGCCAUCAAGAUCCAUCAGCCAAAGAUGGGAGUCUAGACAGAAUCCGACCGAAGACCGUUGAACUAACGGCUACCAUCCAUUUCUCCAGGGAAUCCUUUGUUGAAGAUCUCCAUCAGGAUGUGGCGACCUUGAAAAAUCUGUUCCCAGACUGUGACUCCCAAUAUUUAUAUCAACAACUGAGUUCAAUGAAGCCAGAAGGGCGGGUCGACCUAUUGGCCUCUGAUAUGCUUGAAAACAAAAAUUAUCCGCUAGCUGUGAAGUCAAAAAUGUCCGAACAAAUUCCUGAUGUGACAGUAGAGGAAUUCUCAAAAAAAUUUCCGGAGCCUGUGAAAAUGUUCUCUGCGGUAAAUACAGAUUUGUCCCCACUCUACAGGCAACAUGUCACAGCUUACCUGAACAAUAAGUUCAGAAAGGUCAAGGCAUCCAAUCUAAUCCAAGCAUUAGAAACUCACAAAUUUCACCUCUACCCCACAGUUCAAAGUUUACGUCAACUCACCACAAAGCAAGGAGCAACUAAUGCAAUAAGAAAAAGAAAGAAAAGAAAAUGGCAUGAAAUACCAAAGGACAGAGAUGAAAGAUUCUCCAUGGAGAAGUGGUUUAUUGAAAAUGAACAGAUGGUGUUAGCUUACCAGCAGAGGAAAGAGGAAGAAAAGAAAGCCAUGCUACGGAAGGCGCAGCAGAGCGGACAGAGCUACGAGUGCUGUUGCUGUUUAAACGAGUGCCUGUUUGAAGAGAUGACCAGUUGUCCUGACGCCCACAUCUUCUGUAGGGAGUGUCUGGUCAGCUACGUGCAGACUGCCUUCAGCAACAUGAAGACAAGGUUCCCAUGUCUGACAGGCUACUGUGACCAAGAUGUGGCACUGACCACCCUACAGACCGUCCUACCCAGCAACUUGUUCUCAAAGAUAGUUCGCAGGAUCCAGGAGGAGGAAGUCCUACAUGCUAAACUCCCAGACCUGGUUGUCUGCCCAUUUUGUCCUUACGCCACAAUCAUGCCAGACCACGACGACAAGGUGUUAAAAUGUCUGAAUCCAGAUUGUCUGAGAGAGUCUUGUAGGCUGUGUAAAGAGCCAAGCCACAUCCCACUGCGAUGUGACGAAGUAGAGAAGCGUCACGACGUCCAGAUGAGAACGUUCAUAGAGAACAGCAUAGCCGAGGCUGUCAUGCGCACAUGUCAUGUCUGUGGCAAACGUUUUGUCAAGGACGCUGGUUGUAACAAGAUGACAUGUGCCUGUGGGGCCACCAGCUGUUACGUCUGCAAGCAAAAUGACAUCGACUACGACCAUUUCAAGGACAAUGAGAACUGUGUAGAAAGGAAAGCUGCAAAGAUCCACUUCCAGGAUGUGGCACAAGCUGCCACUGCAGCCAAAGAAAAAUAUUUGAAGGAUCACCCUGAGGCGGCAAACAUCACCCAUCAUGUUGAUGUGCGGAAAAUGAUUGAGGAUUGUAAAGCUGAUUUCUUCAAGAAAAACAAGUGAUGUGAAAAUGAUUGAGGAGUGUAAAACUGAUUUCUUCAAGAAAAACAAGUGAUGUGAAAAUGAUUGAGGAUUGUAAAGCUGAUUUCUUCAAGAAAAACAAGUGAUGUGAAAAUGAUUGAGGAAUGUAAAGCUGAUUUCUUCAAGAAAAACAAGUGAUGUGAAAAUGAUUGAGGAUUGUAAAGCUGAUUUCUUCAAGAAAAACAAGUGAUGUGAAAAUGAUUGAGGAAUGUAAAGCUGAUUUCUUCAAGAAAAACAAGUGAUGUGGUUUGUACUGAUCUGGAAUAUGUCAGACUUAUUUCCCCAAAGUUGACAUCUGUCAUUCUCAUGUUCUUUUUGACAUUUUUGUCCCAAGUUUUUCUUGAUCCUAUUGGUUCUCUUCAUCCUGUAGAUGUUCUUGUCCUGUAGAUGUUCUUGUCCUGUAGAUGUUCUUGGUACUGUAGAUGUUCUUGGUACUGUAGAUGUUCUUGUCCUGUAGAUGUUCUUGUCCUGUAGAUGUUCUUGUCCUGUAGAUGUUCUUGUCCUGUAGAUGUUCUAGGUCCUAAAUUUGUUCUUAGUCCUAGAUAUGAAUUCCUGACAUUUUAGUUACAGAUGUAAUAGAUAUGUGAAUACUCGACAUUAUAGUUACAGAUGUAAUAGAUAUGUGAAUUCCUGAUCUUAUAGUUACACAUGUUAUAGAUAUGUGAAUAUGUGAUAUGUGAAUACUUGACAUUAUAGUUACACAUGUAAUAGAUAUGUGAAUACUUGACAUUAUAAUUAGAAAUGCUGAUAGGAUCCCAUUAUACAAUGUGUCCACAUCUCUAAAUUUAUUGAUGACUGCAGUCAUACUGAUGACAUCAGUCAUAUUGAUGACUGCAGUCAUACCCCCACAUUAUCUUUUCCAAUCUACCCCCUACACCCAAGUCAAGCGUCACACAAUACAAAUUCUAUUUGGCACUCAAGUUCUAGCAUACCACCCACACACCUCACACCCACACA